AUCGCUUCAAUCCCCGUAACGAAACCUCGAUCGCAUAAAAAUUACCGAGCUUCUCCUUCAAUCGCCCGUCAUGAAGCCCGUCGUCAGCGCCUUCAACGCGUGGGGAUGCACUGUUCUCUCCGUUUUCGCCAUUAUUAUCCUUAGCGCUCUCGCCGGUCUGUACCGAAGCAACCACGAAGAGUUUACCGGCGGUGUCAAUGAUCCCGAGGAUGGCAAGGCUGUUUCCAACACCAUCUUCACAGCCGUCCUGGUCUACGUUGCUUUCUUCGUCUUCUGCGGUCUCCAAGGACUCCUCCACGCCCGAGAAAGCCGACGAGGUGCGAUCGCCCUGUAACAACAUCUACUUGACUUUUAUCCGCGCGGCGAGUAGAGCACGACAUGACACGGAACCGGGCGUUCUGGGCAUAAUUAUCGAUUUGAACUUGGGAUGGCACUGUAUUUGAAAGAUGAGCAUGACUGGUGCCUGUGCUCCAGGCAGGGCAAGCGAGCACAGCACCGCGACAACUGAGACGCGUGUAUUUGGCUGAGAUACGCGAUGCACGGAAUAUUGAUUGUUUAGACGGCUCUGCAAUUUACAUUAUGAAACUUGGUUAUUCGG